CCCAGCCAGGUAACAGGUAACAGGUAGCAACAUUGCAAAAUAAAGAAGCCUACCAGAACACCAAUGUCCAGAAAAAUUUCCUUUUUUCUGACUCUAUACACAUAAAGUAAAUCAUUUCUAAGAUUAACUGCGUACAGAAGAAAUAGAGAUAUCCAUUAGUAGACAAACAAACAAAGAACUACAUUAGAGACUAUGUCUAAUACCGAAGUUAAAACUUCUACGAUUAUCUUCCUUAAUCAGACUAAUUGCCAUGCACCACAGGACCACACAAGAUGUCAAACUAAGAAACAAAUGUUUUGCGAUAAAGAUUGGAGUUGUAAUUCAGAUCUAGAGAAACAAAUAAGAACACAUACAGAGAUUAAACUUUUUAAAUUUAAUGAAGAUAGAACAGCAGAUAGCGAUUCAAUAAAUGCCAAAUUGCAAGGACAUAUGAGAAUACAAACAUCUGAUAGACCUUUUAUAUGUGGUGUGUGUGAUAAAACUUUUUGUCGAGAACCUUAUUUACUAAUACACAUGAGAAUACACACUGGUGAUAAACCUUAUAAAUGUGAUAUAUGUUGUGAAGAGUUCAGUACAAAAGGCAUCUUAAAAACCCACCUGAGAACACAUACCAUGGAAAAACGUUAUAAAUGUAACGUAUGUGGUAAAGGAGUUAGUGGUAGUUUAAAGGCUCACAUGAGAACGCAUACUGGUGUAAAACCUUAUAAAUGUGAUGUAUGUUACAAAGGGUGUAAUACUAGUGGAAGCUUAACUAUACACAUGAGAACACAUACAGGUGAUAAACCUUAUAAAUGUGAUGUAUGUUGUAGACGGUUUAAUAAUAAAUCGAGCUUAAAUAAACACAUAAGAACACAUGAUGGAUAUAAACAAUUUAAAUGUGGUGUAUGUGGUAAAGAAUUCAGUAGGAGUGGUGGUUUACAGUUACACAUAAAGAGAACACACACUGGAAAGAAUAGAAAGAAACCUUUUGAAUGUGAUGUAUGUGGUAAAGGUUUUAAAGGUAGAGAGAACUUGACUACACACAUGAGAAUACAUACUGGUGAUAAACCAUAUGAAUGUGAUGUAUGUUGUAAAUCGUUUUAUCAUAAAUGGAGCUUUAAUAAACACGUAAAAUUACAUACUGUUGAUAAACCUUAUAAAUGUGAUGUAUGUUUUCAAGGGUUUAAUCAUAUUGUAAACUUAAAGAACCACAUUGGGAGAACACAUACUGAAAAUAAACCUUAUAAAUGUGAUGUAUGUGGUAAGGAAUUUAGUCUAAAUAGCGGGUUAAAGGCACACAUGAGAACGCAUACUGGUGGUAAACCUUAUAAAUGUGAUGUUUGCUGUAAAGGGUUCAAUCAAAGAGGUAACUUAACAACACAUAUGAUAACACAUACUAGUGAUAAACCUUAUAAAUGUGAUAUUUGUGAGACAGGAUUCAAUCAAAGAGGCAACUUAGCUACACACAUGAAGAAACAUACUGAUAUCAAAUGUGAAGUUUGUGGACUAAUAUUCAUGUCUCAUCAACACUUACAGAACCACAUGACAACACACACUUGACUGAAUGGACAGAAAACAUUCACUGCAUGUGAUCUGGACACAGUAAUCUGGUUGUGUUAGGGAUGAGCAGCUGAGACAUCUAGAACCACUCCGUUUUUAAACGACCGCAAAAAAAAUUUUGUGGUCGUAUAUAUUGGUAUGACGUUGGCGUCGUCGUCGUCGUCGUCGUCCGAAGACACAUUGGUUUUCGCACUCUAACUUUAGUUUAAGUGAAUGGAUCUCUAUGAAAUUUUACCAUAAGGUUCAAUACCACAAAAGGAUAGUUGGGAUUGAUUUUGGGGGUUAUGGUACCAACAGAUAAGGAAUUAGGGGCCCAAAAGGGGCAAAAAAUAAGCAUUUUUGUAACUUCCAGACAUAACUUGUGUAUUAGUGUAUGGAUCUCUCUGACAUUGUACCACAAGGUUCCAUAUCACAAAGGGAACGCUGGGAUUGAUUUUGGGGUAAUUGCCUCAAAAUUUUAGGAAUAAGGGGCCAAAAAAAGGGGCAAAAAACAAGCAUUUUUCUUGUUUCAGGACAAUAACUUGUGUGUAAGUGUAUGGAUCUUUCUGAAAUUGAACUACAAGGUUCCAUAUCACAAAGGGAAAGCUGGAAUUGAGUUUGGGGGUAAUUGCCAAAAAUGUUUAGGAAUUUGGGGCCAAAAAGGGCUAACAAUAAGCAUUUUUCAUGUUUCCAGACAUUAACUUGUGUUCAAGUGUAUGGAUCUCUCUGAAAUUGUACUGCAAGAUACCAUACCACAAAGGGAAGGCUGGGAUUGAUUUUGGGGGUAAUUGCCUCAAAAUUGUAUGGAAUUAGGGGCCAAAAAGGGGCAAAAAAUAAGCAUUUUUCUAAUUUCAGGACAAUAACUUGUGUUCAAGUGUAUGGAUCUCUCUGAAUUUGUACUGCAAGGUACCAUACCACAAAGGGAAGGCUGGGAUUGAGUUUGGGGGUGAUGAAUCAUAAGGGGGUUCAAAAACUUUGGGGGAGGGAUUUUUUUUUCCUUUUUUUCCUUUUUUUUUCUUUAAAAUUUUCCAUUUUAAAUUGGUUAUUUCUGAUUUAUAUAUUAAAGCAAAUAAUAAUGAUAUGGUUUGAAUAGGUAAAUUAAAAAUUUUUAAGUUCUUAGACCACAUUCAUUCUGUGUCAGAAACCUAUGCUGUGUCAAAUAUUUAAUCACAAUCCAAAUUCAGUGCUGUAUCAAGCUUGAAUGUUGUGUCCAUUCUUGCCCCAACUGUUCAGGGUUCGACCUCUGCGGUCGUAUCAAGCUGCGCCCAGCGGAGCAUUUUAUUAUAUUUAUUUUGAAUAUUGAAAAAUACUUAUACCUUAUCAUAUAUUUUUAACAAAAAUAAGAUCUAUGUACAUGUAACUAUGUAUUACGCUAUUUCAUAGAGUUAAAAUAGACUCGACAAACAUUUAUUGAGCUGCAUUUUCGACUGUAGUUUUAGCCGUUCUUUGAAUCACAUCUUUGAUAAAUAAUAACAUCUGAUUUAGCAGUUUCAAGAUUCUUUGUACUUAUGAUAUUAAAAAUCAGCAACUUUA